AUGCAGGAGGUGGCAGAAAUGGCAGAGGAUGGUCCGUUGAAUGUGGAAGAUGGUGGGGUCAAGGGUGAAGACAAGCGGAACCCUAUCAGGGUUCUAAGUGAUUCCAGUUACAGAAAAGAGAGUAUAGAUUGGAAGUUUCUUCACUGGGUUUGGAUCUGUAUCCGUACAUCUACUGCCACCUACAGUGACUUAUCUCGAUUUGCUAUGCAAUCAAACUCAUUGCCACGUUGCUAUGGCUGUGUAACCAAGAAGCUACAUCUAGCAUUUGACCAUACAAAGGAGUGGUGGGAGAUUUUGACGGUACGGUUGAAUAGCUUAUUAGUCAAGUGGAAGACCGAAUGGGAUAAAGCGAAGAAACUAUUAAGAGGUUUCCUUCACUCAGUAUUGAUGAAUUGCUAUUUGUAUUUGAAAGGUACCUCAUCCGCUUUCUUUGUUUCAGGAUCUGCAGAGGUAUUCACAAGCCACCAGGUCACAGAUCAAAGUAGAUUGACAGAAAAUUUUCCAAAUACAUUAACAACGUCGAAAGUAGCGUACUUCAAGAGAAAAUAUGCAGAAGAAGAAGACUUACAUAAAGUUUACAAUGGGUACUUUCCAAAAAACCUGAUCUUUCCAGAAGAUCGAACAUGUAUUCUACGGCUUUCACUAGAAAAACUAAAGAUUCUUGAAGACCCUGAAAUCUAUCUUCGAAGGGCUGUUUUAAUAAACAACUUAUUGAGGAAAAUCCACAUAGAAACAGAGAAAGAAGUGUAUAACUAUGCUGAAGAGUUUAAUAAGGCCUCAAAGCACCUCUAUUCUGAUGCACAGAAAAGAAUGAAGUGUAUGAUCAAGGAUUGUAAUGGAUGUUCCCAAUCUUUGUAUUAUGAAGAGAUUGGUUCAUACUCCAUUGUGCCUUUUUCUUCAAAUAAUGUCAUCUAUGGACUUGGUUACCCAAAUGACCAUUUGGGAAAAAGUACUUCCUAAAAUGAAAUUCCAGCAGGAUGAUGAACUGUUACGUUUAUACCUCUCUCACUCUGUGUUUGGCAGAGAUAGUGCUUUGUAAACUGACACUCAUUCACAGAAAAAUAACAAUGAAUCUGCUUACAAGGCCCAAUGGAUAUCCUCUGGUUUGGAAAAUUGGUGACUUCAUAAAUCUAAAAUGAGGGCACUUAUGUUAAAUUUUGGUUUUGAUCAGAUCUGCUUGGGACAUUAUGUAUGUAAUGUGUAGUGUGUUUUUUGUUGCCGAGUAUGAGCUAAGUAGAGAUUAUUUUUAAUAGGAACAGUGCAAAAUGGUGAUUUAUUGGUGUUUCUUUGUAUUUUUAUUUUGUUACCUGUUUUUGUCAUUGUUUUUUCUAUUUCACCCCUUCCUUUAGUUAGGUAGGAGGAGGAGAUGGAAGCUUCACUGCCACCUUCAAUGCUGCUUCUGGAGGUUGGGUCCUGCCAGCUUUUUUCUGUCCCUGAUGUUGCAGUGUCCAGUGACGUUCCUUGGAACCAAUACAUCUUACCUAAAUAGGGAAUCAUGUGAAGAAGAACAGAUGUAGGAUAAGUAUGGAUAAAGAAGACUAUUUAGCCUAUCCUAAUUCAGCCAUCCAGAAAAAUUCAACGACCCCAUCACAGAAUCCAAAUAGUUUUCAAUGUUUCCAGGUUUUUGCCUCCGCCACGCUAUCUUAAUGUCCCAUUCUAUGUGUUGCUUACUCCUUGUUACAUUCUUACAUUAACUCUAAGUUUACAUUUUGCAACUUUGAACCCUUGCCCCCUUAUCUUUGACAUAUAUUGAAAUAGCACAUUGGGUUUACCUUUCAUAUUCCUUUCUGAUGUCAUCUAAUCACAGAAUGGCCUUGAUAGUUACUGCAGGAUAAUCCGAGCCCCUCAGCUGUACAGGGAAAUUGAGGUGAGUGGUAAUUAUGGAGCUCUAUAAUGGGGGUUGGGGCGAGAAGGUGGGAAAUAAAGCAAGUCAGCCAUUUUUUCCAGAAGUGUUUCUAUGAAAUAGUCAUUUGGAUUCUUCAGCCUUUGACAUUUCACUGAAAUCAGCUACUUUGCAAUUAUUAGCUUGAAAUGAGAGCAUUUGAUCUCAGCAAAAUAUUUUAAAGACACAAAGUCUACAAUUAAUGCAAUUUCUUCAGAAUAUUUUUAAAUUGUAAACCCAGAUUUCAAAAAUCAAUUCAAUUCAUGAACAUAAUGUGAUGUACUGGGCAUCUGCAUAAGGUGCUACCCCUUCAUGUCUUGCCUCUUCGUUACAAGUUAAUUCCAAGUACAUAUAUGUUGUAUGUGUAUGAAACCAAUGUGCACAUUACCACCAGGUUAAGUGCUGAAUAACAUUAUUUCAUGAUGAAAAACUUUCUCUAAGCAUUUACUAUCGCCAGCGUGCUUUUUGUUACCUGCUGUGCAUGGCCUACAAUGCAUAUGCUCUUCAGAUAUGGUAAUGUUCAGUACUUUUGUAAAGUAAAUGUGCCUUAAUGUAAUCAAUGUGAUCAGAAUUGGUUGUUAUUUAUGUAAAAUGUGCAGAGUGGUAUAACUAUGUGGUAAUGACAUAUAUAAACUGUUUCAUUAGUU